AUGGUUGCUAUUGAAGAGAAAUGUGACUCAUCAGACAGUGAAUCAGUUGAAGACAGAAAUGAAGAUUCAUCAGAAGCAGAAGCAAAUCUGAUAGGAAUGUCAUCUGAGAGUGAAGAAGAAGAUGAUUCAAUGAUUGAUGUUGAAUCUGAGUUUCGGAAGUUGUAUGACAACUUGGUUGCUACUUGUGGAACUAAGGACUUAGACAAAAUUCUUUCGAUGGGCAGAGUUGGGAAGAGUAACUUUGGUUUGGGAUAUUCUGGAGGAGAGACCACUGGAAAGACAAAGUUUGUGAACAGAAGCUCUUCUAUCACUCAAUCUGAGAAACCAUGGUGUCCUGGUCAUAGUCGUCACAACCAGAGGUCUGAAUUCGUGAGGAGUUGCAACAUGAGUUGUGGUGUUCCAACACGUAGAGUUGAUCACAUGAAGUUCAAAGAAAGAAUGAAAUGCUACUACUGUGGGAGACAAGGCCAUAUCAAAAGAUAUUGCUAUCAGUUUGCUGAUAAAGUGAAUGGAAUGUUGAAGCAAGGGAGAUACUUUCAAUAUCAAGACAGGAAAUCACAAGUUUGGAUGGUGAAGUCUGAGCUUUGA